GUUACUACAACAAAACACCGACUGAAUGAAUAUUUUCACCAUAUUCUGGUUCCUCCUGAAGAUGUUCUAUCAACUUUUAUGUUGUUCCUUUAGUUUUCUCACAUUUCUGUUCAAUGUGUUCUGGUUCAUGUGUAAUUUGGCCUCAGCCGGCAUACCAUGGAUCACGGUGCUGUUAGUGGUCAUAUGUGUGCUAUCGAAGUUCGUCAAACUGCGGAGUCCAGACGAAAAACGUCUGCAACGUUUGUUGGCCUCUGGCAGUCAAGGUCUCUAUCCGGAGGAUUUGUCAUUUUGGCCGAUUGCCCAUAGGGGUGCUGGUUAUGAUGCUCCAGAAAACUCAAAAGCGGCAUUGAAAAAGUGUGUCGCACGUGGUUAUCGUAAUGUUCUAGUCGAUGCCGGUUUGACGGCAUGCGGACAAAUUGUCAUCGUUAAUCGUUUGACAUUGGAGAAGGCUGGUCUCUCCGGCAGCAUAGCAGUGCACACAUUGGAAUCAUUAAAGAAAAUCAAUAUUGCCGAACUACAUCCAAUGGGAAAACACUUUGAUGCCGAAUAUGUUUUGACGCUGCAGGAACUGUUAGAAUUUCUAGAAGAAAAUCGUUUAACCGUAUUUUUAUACAUAUCAGAUAAUAGCUCACAAAUGAUUGAAAAAUUAAAGGCUAGCAUAAAUGCUGUAUUUAUUGAACGAAUUAUCGUUAUAACAAGAUCUCCAGUAACUAUAUAUCAGUUACGCAAAGUAAAUCCCGAUGUCAUUUGCGGUUUAUGGACUGAAAAAUCUCUGGCUUUGCCGCUGCUCAAAGCCUCAACAUUAAUUACCUCAAUAUAUGGUGCUUUCUUCCGUAAUAUAAUUUCACCCGUGAUUGGCAUUAGUGUGGUGUUCCUGUCCAAAGAGGAAUUUAAUCUACACAUUGCUGAAUUAUGGCGUAAUGUGGGUGUUCGACCCAUAGUCUAUAAUGUUAAUUCCCCGAAUGAAAAACGUUAUUUCCAAAAGACAAUGAAAACACAAUAUCUAACCGAUUCGCUGAGAUCUGAACCGCAUCUGUUAAUGAAGGCCUAA